GGCAAGGCCGAGCAGCCCGAGCAGCUCGAGGAGGAGGCGGCCAUCGCUCUCGAUGAUCUGGGCGAGGAGCCCGCCGAGCAGGAUGCCGAUGGGAAAGAUGCAUCGGAUGAGUCUGGCAUGUGCACCGAGGAGGAGGACGCGCACAGCGAGGAGGAGGGUGCGCGCAGCGAGGAGGUGAACGGCGCGCUCCCUGCUGGCGACGUCGACGCGGGCAGUCUUGGCGACGUCGACGCGGGCAGCCUUGGCGACGUCGACGCGGGCAGCCUUGUCGACGACGGCGCGGCCAUCGUGCUGUCCGACGACGGCGAGGACAUCCACGGGGAGAGCAUCGGCGCUCUUUGGGGCGAGGAGCUGGUGAUCCCUGGCGAAGAUGGCAUGGCCGAGGCUGGUGGCUUGCUCAUGGAGGGCUCCAUCGGCGAGAGCUUGUCCAAGAUGGAGGCUGACGGCGCGCGGCAGUUGUCGAAGAAGGACUCGGCCGAAGCCGACCCCAUGGAACAGCUGGCGAUCUUGGAGGAAGAGGCCGAGCGCCAGCAGCGCGACAUCGCCGAUGGCAACAUCGCGGAGGAGCUGGAGAUCAAUGCCAAGCCCAUCGUGCACGCUGAUGCGGCGGCCGUCGGCAAGAAGAAGAAGAAGAAUAAGCCACAUAAAGCGGGCCCCAAGAAGAAAUCCAAACCGACGAAGACGAAGAAUAAGAAGAAGAAGAGGAAGAAGAACAUCCCGAAGUGCGAGGCACAUGACAUGGAUCGGGACGACUCGGACGUCAAGAACACGGACACCCCGCAGAGGAACGAGAAGAAGGCUGCGCUUCGCAAGAAUGCCGACGACGCCGAGGAGACCCCCGACAAGAUGAGCGAGACUGGCCCCGCGCAGCCAAUCAAGAGAAUGAAAAAGACGAAGCUGACUGAGGAGAUGGAGUUCAGCAUCCCUGAGAUGCCAGACGGGCCAGGCGAUGUCGCAGCUGCAAGCGCAUACUUGGACUGGAACCUCAAGGAUAUGGGCAUCCCAACCAAGGCAUGGCCCAACCUAUCUACUGGCAAGGGCGCCAACUCGUACACCACGACGGUCAACGGCUUUAGGAUCUCGGUGAUCUUAAACAAGAUGACGUACUUCACGGUCUGCAACAAGCUGACCUACGGCUAG